AGCUCCAGGCAUUUCCGUCUGUUAUCGCCUGACCGAACUUCCUCGGAGUAUUGGAGCUUCGUGAACUCAUUGAGACACAGAGACGCUCUUAGUCAGUCGUGACGAACAGAUUUCUCUUCGGGAGCUUUCUGACAUUUAUCAAAGUCUGAGGGUUUUGACAAAACAACAUAUCCUGCGGCGAUUUCAGAAGCUAUGAAUUUCAGGCCGAUUUCACUGAGCGAAUCAAUUUUCGCUUUCACUUUACUUUUUAUCGUAACAGGCAAACUGAAUGGAUUUGAGGUUUCGGUCAAAACAAACCCCCCAGCAGUGGAAUUUGGACACUCUCUGGAGGUGAUCUGCAGUACAACAUGUAACAACUCAACGAUCGUUGUGGAAUAUAAACCAGGGAUAAAUCCCAACAGCACUCGUGGUGAUAAGUGGAUUACAGACCGAUUUCCGAGUGUCCAGCAAUGGGAUUUCUCAGCACCCUGUACUGUAAUCUGUCGAUCUGAUAACACUACAAUGAAGGAAGUCAAACAGGUGGUCCCAGUGUACAAUCGAAACUUAAGCAUUGUUCCACCUCCUGAAGUGCUGGAAGUUAACAAACCAUAUCAGCUGGAGUGCACUGGCCCGAAGGUCUAUCCACAGAACAGACUCGUACUCACCUGGCUCAGAGGGAGUGAGACUGUUCAACGUAUUUCCACAGAGGACCCAGGGUUCCCGGAAGAUGGUCCAUUGAAGAAUGUUCUGAAUUUCACUCCAAGUAUUUCAGAUGGUGGAAUGGUGUACACCUGCUUGGCAGAGUUGAACUUGGACUCUAACUCCACAACACCCAUCACAAGUGCCUCUCUGACUCUGCAGACUUACUAUUUUCCAGAGCCUCCGAGGAUCCUCAGCAGUGACCCUGUAGAAGUGAAUCAGAAUGUUACAUUAACAUGUGAGGUCCCAAACGUCUAUCCAGCUGCGAAGAUGAGAGUACGAUGGUUUUGGGACAGUGAACAACAGAAUUCAGUAACAAAUCAGUCAGAUGCCACCACUGUCAGGGCAACAACUACAUGGACACCACGAGAGACCGAUGUGACUGAAGUCUCCUGCAUGGCAGAUUUUGAGGAUUAUCCAUCAAUUCCACCGAAGAUCAAUAACAUUUCCAUUGAGGUUUACGUUUUCUCCAACCCUGAAAUCCACAUCAUGAACACCACUGAGGGUAUUCCGGUGAAUAUUACCUGCAGUGUGUUUAACGUCUCAGGGGAACUUCAACUCAGUCUGAAGAAGGGAAGUAAGAUAUUAGUGAACAGGUCAGCCAGUACUGGGCUGACCAUCUACCACACUGUGAAUCCACGAGCAGAGCUGAAUGGACAGCAGUUCACCUGCGAGGCCGAGCUGACACUUCACCCUCACUCCAACACCAUUGUUAAACGACAGUCUGCCACUCUCGAUGUCCCUGAUCAACCUGGAUCUUCAGCUUGGAAAUAUGUGGUGGCUAUCCUUGCAUGUUUAGCUGGUGCUAGUCUGGUAUUCUGCCUUUACAAGAGAAGAACCCAACAAAGAGCAUAAACAAAGGCCAACAGUAGUGGGACAAAACCCAAUGGAAGCAUCUCCUUGAAAGAAAAUUAUAUCUGGAAGAUACUGUACUGUCAUCUACAAGUAUUCAGACAAAAUUUAAAUUUAAAAUGGUAAAACAGAUAAAUUCCAGACUGAUACUCCAAUGAUAUUAUUGAGCUGCAAAUCUAAAAAAAUGUCAUUGUCUUCAAUAAGUACAUGUUACAAAGUAGACAAGAUGAAGAUGAAGUGUGAGAUGAUAUAUUUCACUAGCGUCUCUGUAAUGAUGAAGCCUCUUAUAAAUAUUUCCAGUUCCCAGUA